AUGAAAAUUACCAGCAACGAGAGCGACGUUUGCAAGAUAUGCGGCAGCGUGUGGCACAACGUGGAGCUACCGAAACUUCCGAGCAACGAGAGCGACGUCUGCAAGAUAUGCGGCCAGCGUGUGGCACAACGUGGAGCUACCGAAACUUCCGAGCAACGAGAGCGACGUCUGCAAGAUAUGCGGCAGCGUGUGGCACAACGUGUAGCUAAUGAAAAUUACCAGCAACGAGAGCGACGUUUGCAAGAUAUGCGGCAGCGUGUGGCACAACGUGUAGCUACCGAAACUUCCGAGCAACGAGAGCGACGUCUGCAAGAUAUGCGGCAGCGUGUGGCACAACGUGGAGCUACCGAAACUUCCGAGCAACGAGAGCGACGUCUGCAAGAUAUGCGGCAGCGUGUGGCACAACGUGGAGCUACCGAAACUUCCGAGCAACGAGAGCGACAUAUGCGGCAGCGUGUGGCACAACGUGGAGCUACCGAAACUUCCGAGCAACGAGAGCGACGUCUGCAAGAUAUGCGGCAGCGUGUGGCACAACGUGGAGCUACCGAAACUUCCGAGCAACGAGAGCGACGUCUGCAAGAUAUGCGGCAGCGUGUGGCACAACGUGUAGCUAAUGAAAAUUACCAGCAACGAGAGCGACGUUUGCAAGAUAUGCGGCAGCGUGUGGCACAACGUGUAGCUACCGAAACUUCCGAGCAACGAGAGCGACGUCUGCAAGAUAUGCGGCAGCGUGUGGCACAACGUGGAGCUACCGAAACUUCCGAGCAACGAGAGCGACGUCUGCAAGAUAUGCGGCAGCGUGUGGCACAACGUGGAGCUACCGAAACUUCCGAGCAACGAGAGCGACCUACCGAAACUUCCGAGCAACGAGAGCGACGUCUGCAAGAUAUGCGGCAGCGUGUGGCACAACGUGGAGCUACCGAAACUUCCGAGCAACGAGAGCGACGUCUGCAAGAUAUGCGGCAGCGUGUGGCACAACGUAUGCGGCAGCGUGAGGCACAACGUGUAGCUACCGAAACUUCCGAGCAACGAGAGCGACGUCUGCAAGAUAUGCGGCAGCGUGUGGCACAACGUGGAGCUAACCGAAACUUCCGAGCAACGAGAGCGACGUCUGCAAGAUAUGCGGCAGCGUGUGGCACAACGUGUAGCUAA